AUGAACACAGCUGCCAGCAGUUACCCCAUGGCGUCACUGUACGUGGGUGACCUGCACCCCGAUGUCACCGAGGCCAUGCUCUACGAGAAGUUCAGCCCCGCUGGGCCCGUUCUCUCGAUUCGGGUCUGCAGGGAUAUGAUCACCCGCCGGUCCCUCGGGUAUGCCUACGUCAACUUCCAGCAACCAGCAGAUGCUGAGCGUGCUCUAGAUACCAUGAAUUUUGAUGUGAUCAAAGGAAAACCCAUUCGCAUCAUGUGGUCUCAGAGGGACCCCUCCUUGAGGAAGUCAGGGGUUGGGAAUGUCUUCAUUAAGAACCUGGACAAAUCCAUUGAUAACAAGGCACUUUAUGACACAUUCUCAGCGUUUGGGAAUAUUUUGUCCUGCAAGGUGGUGUGUGAUGAGAAUGGCUCUAAGGGCUACGCAUUUGUGCACUUUGAGACCCAGGAUGCUGCAGAUAGAGCCAUCGAGAAGAUGAACGGCAUGCUGCUAAACGACCGCAAAGUAUUUGUUGGGAGAUUCAAGUCUCGUAAAGAGCGGGAGGCUGAGCUGGGAGCCAAGGCAAAGGAAUUCACCAAUGUUUAUAUUAAAAACUUUGGGGACGACAUGGAUGAUGAAAGACUAAAGGAGCUCUUCAGCAAAUAUGGUAAAACUCUGAGUGUUAAAGUGAUGACAGACCCCACUGGAAAAUCCAAAGGCUUUGGCUUUGUAAGCUUUGAAAAGCAUGAAGAUGCUAACAAGGCAGUAGAAGAAAUGAAUGGAAAGGAUAUCAAUGGGAAAAUGGUAUUUGUAGGCCGAGCACAGAAGAAGGUCGAGCGCCAGGCAGAGCUGAAACGGAAGUUUGAACAGCUAAAACAAGAGAGACUCAGCCGGUACCAGGGUGUUAACCUAUACAUUAAAAACCUAGAUGACACUAUAGAUGAUGAAAAACUGAGGAAGGAGUUCUCACCUUUUGGGUCAAUAACGAGUGCCAAGGUGAUGCUGGAAGAUGGACGGAGCAAAGGGUUUGGCUUUGUCUGCUUUUCCUCUCCAGAGGAAGCUACAAAAGCUGUCACGGAGAUGAAUGGGCGAAUUGUGGGCUCAAAGCCGUUGUAUGUUGCACUUGCACAAAGGAAAGAAGAGCGGAAGGCCCAUCUAACUAAUCAGUACAUGCAACGCAUUGCUGGGAUGAGAGCCUUGCCUGCCAACACGAUUAUUAAUCAGUUCCAGCCUGCUGCUGGGGGAUAUUUCAUGCCUGCUGUGCCCCAGGCUCAGAGCAGACCCGCUUACUAUGCACCCAAUCAAAUGACGCAGAUGAGACCCAACCCACGCUGGCAGCAAGGGGGAAGACCUCAAGGCUUCCAGGGAAUGCCAAAUGCCAUGCGCCAGUCUGGACCACGGCCAGCACUGCGCCAUCUGGCCCCUGCCGGCAAUGCUCCGGCCUCCCGUGGCCUCCCUGCCGCUGCCCAGCGAGUUGGCGUUGGCACUGCAGCGCAGAAUUUAGCCCCUCGUCCGCCUGUAGCCGCCCCCGCUCCCAGAGCGGUUACUCCUUAUAAAUACGCCUCAAGUGUCCGCAGCCCACACCCCGCUGUACAGCCUUUGCAGGCACCUCAGCCUGCAGUACAGGGACGGGAGCCGCUAACAGCCUCCAUGCUGGCUGCUGCCCCUCCCCAGGAGCAGAAACAGAUGCUGGGAGAACGUUUGUUCCCUCUGAUUCAAGCUAUGCACCCCAGCCUUGCAGGGAAGAUCACAGGAAUGCUGCUAGAGAUUGACAACUCAGAGCUGCUGCACAUGCUAGAGUCUCCAGAGUCCCUCCGGUCAAAGGUGGAGGAGGCCGUUGCAGUGUUGCAGGCUCACCAAGCCAAGAAGGAAGCUGCCCAGAAGGUGGGCGUGGUUGCUGCUACCUCUUAA